ACCAUCACACACACACACACACACAUAUAUAUAUAUAUAUAUAUUCAUUGUGCCAGCUUCUAGCUUUGGAUAAUUUUGCUAUUGAUAGAGAAUUACAUGAAGGCAGCAGCGAAAGCAUCUAAGAGGUUUACAAGAGGUUUAGUAGAGAAGUGAGAAUAGUGAGCCCAAAAAUGGAGUUUCCUCCUUCUUCCUCCUCCACGGUCUCACACGACACCGUUUUCUACACCAUAUACCCUAACUCCUCCAUCACAACCAACACCCUCCAAUCUCUCCACCUCCAAAUCCUACAAACCAUUUCUCCCUUCAUCACCGACUACAUAUGGCAACAUCAACCUUUCACACUCUCUCUCUCCAUUCCUCCAAACCCUACCUGUCUCUGCCCUUCCUCCUCCAACAUCCCCCACCUCCACGGCCACUUUCGUUACGGCGACAACCUCGACGACGAAUGGUUUGCCGUCUUCCUCCUCUUCCACAUCUCCAUCCAUUUUCCCUCCCUUUCCAUCCGCCUCUGGGACUCCGACGGCGAGUUUCUUCUCAUCGAAGCCGCCUUCCAUCUUCCUCGCUGGCUCAAUCCCGAUUCCUCUGACAACCGUCUCUUCCUCCGUAACGGAAAAAUUCAUAUCAUUCCCUGUAAACGUCUUCCUUCCCCUUCCCUCAUUGAUUCACUCAACUUCCUCACAAAUUCUGAGUCCGAAUCGCAAGCCUCUGAUCCGGUUCAGACCGUGAUUAUGAACCGGAUCAAAGAUUAUCCAGACCGGGCUAGAAAAAACAUGCACAGUGUUAGGGUUAGGGUUCCAGUGUCAGUUGCAAAGGUUCUUAAGCACGAGCCGUGCUUGAUUUCGCUGGCUGUGGAAGGUUUCUACGACAGGGAUAUUGAUGGUAUGAAAUUCGCGGCUAAGAUGGAGAGAUUCUUGGAGAAAGGGAGGGAGGAGGAGUUGGUGUGCGUUUCAUUGAAGAUGUCGAGGGCUAUGUAUGCGCAGCUUGUUCAGCAAACGUUUAGGGCUCCGAAGGUUUAUCCCGAGCUUCCGUGUCGAGACCGGAAGGAGGAGUAUGCGGAGGCGGAGCUUGGGUUGAAGAUUUCUUGUGGGAUGGAAAUGAUGUAUCAGCAGCGGAAGUGUGAUGGGGUUGAAGGGAAGGGUUCUACUUGGGAAGCGUUUUUGCAGAGCUUGGAGAAAAGUGGUUACUUUCAAGGACUGCUUCCAGGUUCCAGUGAGUAUCAGAGGUUGAUGCAGAAUGCUCAAGAGUAUUAUAGAAACACUUCUCUGCACUCCAAGGCCGGUGUUGAUACAGCAGCGAAAGCAUCUAAGAGGUUUACAAGAGGUUUAGUAGAGAAGUGA